CAUGGAGAGCGAGCGCGACAUGUACCGCCAGUUCCAGGACUGGUGUCUCAGGACUUACGGGGACUCAGGCAAGACCAAGACGGUGACCCGUAAAAAAUACGAGCGGAUCGUCCAGCUCCUCAACGGCUGCGAGUCGAGCUCCACGGACAACGCCAAAUUUAAAUUCUGGGUCAAAUCGAAGGGUUUCCAGCUGGGCCAGCCCGACGAGGUCCGCGGGGGCAGCGGCGGCGCCAAGCAAGUGCUCUACGUGCCGGUCAAGACCACGGAUGGCAUAGGGGUAGAUGAGAAGCUGUCUUUGCGGCGGGUAGCUGUUGUUGAAGAUUUCUUUGACAUCAUCUAUUCAAUGCAUGUGGAAACAGGGCCAAAUGGAGAACAAAUUCGGAAACAUGCUGGACAAAAGAGAACUUACAAAGCAAUUUCAGAGAGCUAUGCCUUCCUUCCAAGAGAAGCGGUGACACGAUUUCUAAUGAGCUGCUCAGAGUGCCAGAAAAGAAUGCAUUUAAACCCAGAUGGAACAGAUCAUAAAGAUAAUGGAAAACCUCCCACUUUGGUGACCAGCAUGAUUGACUACAACAUGCCAAUUACCAUGGCCUAUAUGAAGCACAUGAAACUUCAGCUGCUAAACUCACAGCAAGAUGAGGAUGAAAGUUCAAUAGAAAGUGAUGAAUUUGAUAUGAGUGAUUCAACACGGAUGUCCGCUGUGAACUCUGAUCUUAGCUCCAAUCUUGAGGAAAGGAUGCAAAGUCCCCAGGCUCUUCACAGCCAGCAAGAUGAUGAUUCUGCGGCAGAGAGCUUUAAUGGCAAUGAGACUCUGGGCCACAGUUCUGUUGCUUCAGGGGGAACACAGAGCAGGGAGAUGGGGGAUUCUAACGGUGAUGGCAAAACUGGGCUGGAGCAAGACGAGCAGCCACUGAACCUGAGUGACAGCCCCCUCUCAGCACAGCUGACUUCGGAAUACAGAAUAGAUGACCCCAACAGUAAUGGAAAAAACAAAUACAAGAAUCUUCUAAUUUCUGACCUCAAGAUGGAACGAGAAGCAAGAGAAAAUGGAAGCAAGUCCCCUGCACAUAGCUAUUCAAGCUACGACUCGGGCAAAAACGAGAGCAUAGACCGGGGUGCUGAGGACCUGUCUCUAAACAGGGGCGACGAGGAUGAAGAUGACCAUGAUGACCACGACGACUCAGAGAAAGUUAACGAGACCGACGGCGUGGAGGCUGAGCGGCUGAAAGCUUUUAAUAUGUUUGUCAGGCUGUUUGUAGAUGAAAACUUGGACCGAAUGGUCCCAAUCUCUAAGCAGCCCAAAGAAAAGAUCCAGGCUAUCAUUGACUCAUGCAGGCGACAAUUCCCUGAGUAUCAAGAGCGUGCCCGAAAACGCAUACGUACUUACCUCAAGUCCUGCAGGCGGAUGAAAAGAAGUGGUUUUGAGAUGUCUCGACCUAUUCCUUCCCAUCUUACUUCAGCAGUUGCAGAGAGUAUCUUGGCUUCCGCCUGUGAGAGUGAGAGUAGAAAUGCCGCCAAGAGGAUGCGUCUGGAUAGACAGCAGGAUGAAUCUGCUCCAGGUGACAAACAGUGUAAACCAGAGGCGGCCCAAGGCACUUACUCAACCUCAGCUGUUUCAGGCUCACAGGAGGUGCUGUAUAUCAAUGGAAAUGGUACCUACAGUUACCAUAGUUACAGAGGGCUAGGAGGGGGACUGCUAAAUCUGAAUGAUGCUUCUAGUAGUGGACCCACCGAUCUCAGCAUGAAGAGGCAGUUGGCGACCAGCUCAGGAUCCUCCAGCAGUUCGAGCUCCAGACCCCAGCUGAGUCCAACCGAAAUCAAUGCAGUGAGACAGCUCGUUGCAGGAUAUCGAGAAUCAGCUGCAUUUUUAUUGCGUUCCGCCGAUGAACUGGAAAAUCUUAUUUUGCAACAGAACUGAGUCAAAUGACGAUCCUCUUCACUGAGGUCUAAAUUUGCAGUUUCCACUAAUGACAUUUUGAUUUCCCGGCAGAGAUGCAUCUGGUUUUACUGCACAGUCUUAAGAGAAAUACUUCCAUUAUGCCACAUUGUCCUUGAUCCAUAAAGUGAUGUGUAAAGGUGCUUCAAAGGAACUCUGACCUCUGAAGUACUUGAGAUACUUUAAUGUGUCCAGCCUACUGCUUUUUAUCUCAGUGUGCCAGCAUAAAUAUCUGGGGCAAAAAAAAAA